UCACCCACCCCAUGCCCAUCCAUCCUUAUUUCAGUAUGCCCUGCUAUCCCUCAACAUGAAAUCCAACACCCCAACCCCCCGCAGCUGCCACCGCUGCAGCGAGAAAAAGAUCCGCUGCCCCAAGUCGCAUCCGUGCGAUCCCUGCUCCAAGGCCGGCGCGGACUGCAUAUACCCCGGUCCUGGACGGGCCCCGCGACGCAAGAAACGGCCGCUAAAGGCGCAGCUGGUGUCGCGCAUGAAGAGCCUCGAGGAGGAGGUGCAGGCUCUGCAUCGGCGACUCGAGGGGACUACUCCGUCGGGGCGCGUGUCUCCGGGUAAGGAAAAGAGAGAUAGGCGUCUUGAGGUCGGCGCGUUGUUGACGGAUGAUCGGGAGUCCAGGUAUGUGACGCAUGAUGUGCUGGUGGGGUUUGGAAGGGGGAGUGGUGAGAAGGUCGAGGACCUUGGGCGUGGAGACCCUCAAGAUCGUGCAAAUGACCCUGUUACAAGCAAAGAGGGUUUGCGUCUAGCUGACUCGCACCCGCAAAAUGGCAAUUCUUUUAUAUUCGGGGAUUCCUGGACGGUGGAUUCUCUAUCUGAUUUCCACCCCACGCCCGCGCACCGGGACUUCCUAUGGACUGCGUUCGAGGAGAAUGUCUCCCCGGUGGUGAUGAUCUUCCACAAGCCAUCGAUCCGGAAUAUCAUCAUGACUAGAUCUGCGAACAGCCCGCUCGACCGGACCACGGAGGCCGUGAUUUUCAGCAUCUACCACGCCGCUGUAACCAGUCUAGAUGCAGACCAAUGCGCAGAAAUCCUAGGUCAGGACCAUGCCACCCUGCAGCGGCACUACCGAUAUGCAACGCAGCAGGCCCUGGCACGCGCGAACUUCCUGCAGUCGCAGAGCCUAGCCGUGCUUCAGGCCUUCACGCUCUUUCUCACGACGCUCCGGGGCCCCGAAGACGCCGCCUUCGUCUGGGCCAUGACGGCGGCUGUGCAUCGCAUGGCGCAAGGGCUGGGACUCCAUCGCGACGGCACGCACUUCGGUCUCACCCCGUUUGAGAUCGAGAUGCGGCGCAGGCUGUGGUGGGCUAUCUACUUGUUGGAUACUCGGUCGGCGGAGUUCCGGGGUAUCGAUGUGCUGAUUACCGAGCGUGACUAUGACACGAAACUGCCGCUGAAUAUCAAUGAUUCGGAUCUCGAGCCCGAGUCGGAGGGUCUGGAAGAAGAGACUGGGUUCACCGAUAUGACAUUCUGUCUGGUCCGGUGUGAAAUGAUUGUUUUGAAUCGACAUUGUUACAGCCACAGUAGUACCAACCCCGAAUCCAACUCACAUGGUUUACGACUCCACGAUCUAGAGCAACUCCACGAUCACCUGCGCCAUCGAUAUCUCCGCUUCUGCGACGUCUCCAACCCCCUCCAGUGGGUGACAGCCACAGUCAUCCGUCUGGCUCUCGCUCGCUCCUGGCUCCUCGCCCAUCUCCCCGAGAAACAACCAGAGCCAGAGCUAGAGCCAGAGCCAAAGCCACUUCCACGACUAGAAACCCCAACCUCCCCUCCGCCCGACCCCCCGCGAGACCAGCUCCUCCUCACCGCCAUCGAAGUCCUCGAGUUCGCAUACCUGCUCGAGACAGACCCCCGCACGAACCAGUGGUCGUGGCUCUUCUGCGCCUAUCCGCAGUGGCACGCGGUCGUGUUCGCGCUGACCGAGCUCUGUGCUCGACCGCAGACGGCGCUGGCUGAGCGAGUCCGGGCUUUGACGGCCAAGGUGGUGGCGCGGUGGAGAGGCGCGGACUCCAGACAGGGAGGGGUUACGACGGGGGUUGUUUUGCGUCUGCUUGAGCGAGCCGGGGUGCAGGUAGGAUAGGGAGGGAGGCUCUGGGCUAUCUGGUGGCGAUUGAGGGGUCGUUGGCUUUGGGUUGGUGUGUCUUCAGAAGCUUGCUUGCCCUUGCACAUCAUCAUAUCAUCAUUCCGAAAGAGCCUAAAGCUCUCAUACCGCGGUAAGGGACUUCAUACUUCGGACAUUAUCCAAUAGGUCUAAAGAGGAAAUCAGCCCCUGCAUAUAGGACAUUGGCCCGGUGGUGCUCCGUAGACUAUUCGGCAUGCAUAUAUUAAACGGAGUAUAUCCAACAAUGUCGUCACUCCACUCUAGCAGUAAGGGGCUGCGGUAAUAGUUCCAACAUGGGGAAAUAAAAUGAAGGGAGAGGUCAUUCCCUUAACCCAGAAUGACUGAUUUAUCUAUGGGAUGUCCGAUCUACUGGAAUGUGAGGGGCCGAACGUAUCCG